AUGUCGAUCCUGAUAAAUGGGUCGCCAUCCAACCCGUUCAAGAUGGAAAGAGGAUUGAGACAAGGUGACUCGCUUUCUCCUUUCUUGUUUGUACUGGUUGUGGAUGUACUACAUCGAAUUGUGGGAGAGGCAAUUAAGAACGGACGUAUAUCACCAUUGUUGAUUGGGAGAGAUACUAUAGCACUGUCGCAUCUACAGUUUGCUGAUGACACAAUUUUGUUUUGCCCACCAGAGGAGAAAACUAUUAAGAAUUACAAGCGGCUCUUGAGAUGCUUUGAGUUGAUGUUAGGGCUCAGUAUUAAUUUUGACAAGUCGAGCUUGAUUUCGAUAAAUUGUGACGAACAGUGGAUUCAGAGUAUGUGCCAGUUGUUGGGUUGUAAGCGUAAUUUCCUUCCAGUCAAAUAUCUGGGUAUCCCCUUAGGUGCAAAUCCGAGGUUGGUAAAGACCUGGAAGCCUAUAAUAAACAAAGUGGAGGAGAAGCUCAGUUUGUGA